GGAGCACUGUCCCUGUAGCUGCUCGCGUCUCCCCUCUCCGCCUCAGGCGUUGGUACAUUCCGAGAUGGCGGCCCCCAUGCUCCGGCGAGCCGUGCUCUUCUGGGGCAGGGCUGGGGGUGCGAGAGUGUCUCGCGCCGCGCCAGGCAGAAGAUCUAUUCUUUCUGCAGCUUACGUGGACAGUUCAAAAUGGGAAGAAAGAGAAAAAGAGGUGCACAGCUUGGCUGAAUUGGCCACAUUAAUGGACAGAACCUAUGAAAGAAAGCUUCCUGUCAGCUCUUUGACAAUAUCACGGUUUAUUGACAACAUUUCCUCACGAGAAGAGGUGGAUCAAGCUGAGUAUUACCUUUACAAGUUUCGGCAUAGUCCAAACUGCUGGUACCUGAGAGACUGGACCAUCCACAGCUGGAUCAGACAGUGCUUCAAAUAUGGUGCACAGGACAAAGCCUUGUACACAUUAAAAAACAAGGUACAAUAUGGAAUUUUCCCAGAUAACUUUACCUUCAAUAUAUUGUUGGAUUAUUUUAUAAAGAAUGAAAAUUAUGAAGAUGCUGUGUCAGUAGUUACUGAGAUCAUGCUGCAGGAAAGCUUUGAUGAAUUCUCAACACAACUUCUCUCCCUCCAUGUCUUAUACCAAUACCUGGCAACCAAAUCAGAAUUUACAUGGGAAGAGGAAAGAAAUCUUGGAGCCUCUCUUUUGCUUACAGGCCUAAAACAGACAAACACUGUGGGUUUUAGCUCCCAGCUGUAUGGCUAUACAUUCCUUGGAAAAGUGGAGUUGCACAAAGGACUGCGAGCUGUGUACCAUCAAAUGCCACUGAUGUGGACACCGGGAUACCUGAACAGAGCUUUGCAAGUGAUGGACAAUGUGGCCUCGCUCCCAGGGGAUAUAAAGCUCUGCAAAGAAGCUAUUGAUGUUCUGGAGACGAUUUUGCAGUCUGUCCCUGAGGUAAAAACUGAUCCAGAACCAUCAGAAGAAGUCAAGGUAUCAGAACACAAGCCAAAGCAAAUGGAAUCUGAAGAAACUGAGCAAUCUAAACUGCCUGAGUACCUUACCCAAUUUAAAAAGUGAAUGUGAAUUUGGAGUGCUGGUUUUCAGUUACACAGCAGAUUGCCCUAUUACCCACAUAACUGGCAGCUACCAUGUGGUGAGAUGAAAGACUGCAGAGAUGUGGAGCUGACUCAUCAAUCCUGAAGGUUACUGAAGUCCCAGGCCUGGAACUUUACUGGGAAUAAUACCAACCAGAGAAAGGAAAGGUAACAUGGCAAUGUCAAAUGUUCUCUUGUCUAGGACAAAAAAGUACAUUUCUUCUUUCAGUACCUGAACACAUUUAUGACCCAGAAAUUAAAAUAAUCAUGAGUGUUGCAGUCUAAUUCCAAGUGAAAUUUCCUCUAUAAUUGUUCAGAUAAUCUGAUAAUUUAACCUCAUGUAAUUAUUCAAGAAAUGAAAGGUCUCUUUCACAGCUCAAAUUGGUCUAAUCACUGAAAAGCUAAACAUAUUCUGCAAAAAUAGGUAACUCUUUGCUCAAUAUCUCUAUGGGCCUCAUUUCAGGAUCAUUACCUACAAAUGCAACACUUGAAGCUCCAGUAUUUAUCAAACAGAAUCUGAUGUCAUAGUUAGCAGGAGUGGUUUGUAGCUUAAGCAUUCUCCUAUUAUAUUAGGCAGCCAAUACAUGUUCAGUGGUGCGAGGAAACUGUUAGUGGGUUGUAUGAAGAUGCUCAGCAAAUUCAAUCUCAGGGGGAAAAAAUGCUUGGGGCUUAUUUCAAGGGUGGUUUUACAUGGAAAAGAAGCAUGAGGGCCAUUCCUUUAUCACAGCAUGUGAUAGCUGGGAUCAUAAUUAAAUAAUUCUGAGCCUGAUCCAAAGCCCAUUGAAGUCAACGGAAGUAUUUCCACUGAC